AUGCGCGCUGUACUCAAGCCCUUCUUCAUUCACGCCGCCUAUUCUCUCAUUAAGACUGUCGUCUUUCUCUUUUCCACCAUCAAACACUCAGUCUUCUUCGCAUCCUCUUGUCGUUCUGUUCUCCGGCCUUCACGUACUCUUUUACAUCGUAACGAAUGGGUUAACUUCCGAAACACAUUUUGGCAUCAUAUGAAAGCCAAAUAUUUUCCCCCCGCCUCCAUUGUUCCUCUUGAACUUCCGGUCCAGUAUUUGUUGGGUUCCGUUCACCGGCUGCUCGAAGACUUCAUAAUCACGUUUGACCGUUUGAUCAAAUCUUCUCCACUCCACGGUGACAUGGAAUUUAAAGUAGAAGCUAAGCAAACUGAAGUGAUCGAUGAGAUCAGGGGUAACAAAUGGGUAGCGUAUGCCGCUAUCACUCUUGUCGUGCGGUUCUGGGGUUUGGCCGACAAAGUAGAUUUCCUCGACAUUGUUCUCAUAUUGGCAAUCCAUGUUCUCAUGCACACCAUUUUCCUUUUGUUGUUCCAUCGUUCUUGCCGGCUCGGUUCAAACCUGUGGCUCUCCUCUGCCGUUUCUGUUUCUUCCGUGUUCGCGCUUCUUUUGUCUCUGCGGCCUUUCUUCCUCGGAUGCACGGUUGAUUUUGGCGAACCUCUCCGCUUGACUCGGGUGGUGUUCGAUCGCCCUCGUCUGCGGGGUCCUGUAGGUGACUCUAGCUCAAAUAGGCAGCCGAAGCCUGCAGGCGAAAUUGUGCUCGAGACAUUGAGCAGGGAAGUUAAUGGUAUACGAGGAGUGUGGGUGCUUACUGCUCUCGUGUUUGGCAUGUACUGCUUGUUGUUAUGCACGUUCUUAUCGUCGAUCCUCUAUGUGAUGAUUGAGGUCUGUCGUAUUCAAUCCAAUCGGGCUAUCUCGAAAUCCAGAGUUGCUUCCAGAGCUACUUCGCCUACUGGUUCACCAAAUCUUCGUUCGUCGCAUUCUAGUUUGGGCGGGGGGAUCUCUUCCUUGGUUUUGGAUGGAAAGGGGUGCAGCCUCCCCGCAACUUUAGGAAAGAAACAGGAUAAAUCUGAAAGUCCUUGCCGUCUUCAAAUCACCACUUUCUUCACGCUGCAUAUCUUCAUUACUCCCUUGACUCCUGAACGACAUCUCUCCCUGCAAUCAAUAAAUUUCUUCCGCAAAGUUGACAUCUCGACUCCUGCGAUUCAGCAUGUCCUAAGCAUCCUUGCAAACACCAAGCACAUUCAAUCCGAGAUCAAAGAAGGCGCUGAAGCGAAUGACCGUGGUCUUUGGGUGAAGGUUGGGCCCUCCGCUCAUGUUCGGGCUAUGCCCUUGGGCUCUGCUGCUUACGAUUCUGUGGACCCUUCGUCUAUUUUUGAUGCUCCUCGUUCCACUCCGGAAAUAGUAGAAAACUUUAUGUCAAGCUGGUCCCGGCUUAUAGGAGACCCUCUCCUGUCGAAGUGGAUUAUGAUGGUUCUAGCUAUCUCUGUUAGCUUCACCGGCUACUUUCUCGGGGGGGUUGCCGCGGGUCUUGGGUGGGGUAUUGCUCGACCUCUAGGGGUCGACGGUCAUCUGUUUCCUAUUCCCAUAGCAACAGCUGAACGUAUACUAGUCACCUCUACUUCUCGUGCAUGCAAGGCUUUAAAUGCUGGUGGAGAAGUGAUCACUGUCUUGACUCAGGAUGCGAUGACUCGAGGGCCUGCUAUUAACUUUCCAACUAUUGUGCAGAUUACGAAAUGUAGAGCUUAG